AUUUUAUUUUGUUUGAUAAAACUGGCAACGUUGUAUUUUGGUUUGUUUACUAACGCAUUUUAGCAGUGUUCGAUCAGUCCAAAUCCAAAGCCGGAACGAAAUUUCUAAGGAGAUUCUUUCUCUGAAAAAGUUUUUUCAUAAACGUUAUGGAAAGUCCCAACUUGGAAGCAACAAUACCAGAAAAUCAGAAAGCGUCCACCGAAGUAGAGACGGCGCAAUCGACAACCCUCCUGGAACGGGAAAAUAUCGAGGACGACGAAGUUCUGGACAAGUUACAAGGCGACCGCAUCGGUGACACAAUGUACAGCGAACGGUUUGUGCUGACGACCAUUCUGAAGCUUCCUCAGCUGGAAGGUAUGCUAGCGGAGGAUGAGGACUUCGAGAAGGAUCUGUGCAGCUUGUGGGACAUGACCAUCGAGAAGGACGUGGUUCUGUUUCUGUUGAAGCACGAUGUGAUCGAGCUGUUUGUGGGGCUGUCGGAAGCCUCGGAAGAUAACCGACUGGUGGAGAUCCUUUUUGGGAUCGUGGGUAAUAUGUGCUGCGUGGAGGAGACGCAUCGGGUGCUGUACGAGAACAAAACCUUGCUGGUGAGUAUGUGUGGGUUUUUGGCUUCGAGUGAUACGCUGAUACUGGUCCAACUGAUGAGGAUUCUAACGACGAUAUUGGAGCGGUCGGACGACGAAGAAUAUUUCUGGUUUAAGGUGAUUCGUGAGGUUGAGGACAUUACGGAGAAGUUGGGGUUCAUAUUGGCCAGCACGACAAACAGAGAGUUGGUUGAACAUACGCUGGAUACGGUGCACGCUAUGGUAAAUCGGUUUACGGAAGCAGAAGUAGACUACGCUCAACUGAAUGAGUUCUAUAGGAUGUUUGCAAAAACAUGCUUAAUCGAUGGACUGAUGGAAGGGUUUAAGCAGAUUUAUCCGGAAACAACAGCAGAUAACCAAUUUGAAGAAGACUUUCUAACCAGCAGAGAUCUGAAGACCAUUCAGAAGUUUUUGGAAAUUCACGAAAAUUUCAUUGUAAAUGCGAACGAAGUCUACGAGGACCAGAUCGAUAAAAUUGUGUAUUGCGUCUACCGGGUUCUGGUACCGAUGAGUGCAGAAGGUUGUCUGAUUCCGCUGUCCAAAACACACGUAAGAAUACUGGUUUGCAUCAAUAGUAUUUACAGCGCGAUUGUCUAUCAUUUCCACGCCGGUACAUUCCUUAGUAUGCUCAAGAUCUAUACGAUUCUGGCAAAGGAGCAAGAGAGUUUGCAAAAUGUGGAUCAGCAGCAGCAACAAGCGAUGGAAGAAGAGAACGAUGAAAACGACACCGAGUUUGAAAUUCAGACGGCACUCGGUGAGAUUUUGGAGACUUUGUACUUCAUGGCUGAACCAAUGAGCAGCACGAUAAUUGCCAAUACUUUAAAAGCAAGUUCCUUCAGCGAGGAAACAAUUCAGCGACUGUGUGCGGCAUUGAAGGAAACGAUGACCGGAGACCCACUACUCGGGCGGACAUGCGAGUUGUUGCUGGAGAGCGCGCGUGUCGCUUGGAAAAUUGAGGAUGAAAAUAGGAGUUAAAUAUGAUUUGUAUUAUUUUAUUAAAUGGAAUAAAUGUAAGAUGCAAAGUA